AUGGUAAACCAAUUUAGCAAUUUACUUCCACAAGAAAAUCAAGUGUUUGUUAAACAACAAGGUGAUGAAAAUGUUGUCCAACAACAAAUAAAUGGUGAAAUAACAUCACCUAUUAUCAACACCUGUGGGAUUUUAGCUUCACCCUUGCUUGAAAAAUGUAAUGAGGUGAAGGAAAAUUGUCAAGAUGAACCUAUCAUUUCUGAUGAUUCAAGCACUGCAAUGCAACACAUGAUUAAAGUGUUAAACUCGAUAUCAACUGAAGCGGUGGUGGCAUUUUGUGAAGACAUAAGAAUGGUAUUGCAUUUGAAUGAUAACAAGUCAAUGUUGGAACCACUAACUGGACCACCAAUUGGCGUUAUUGGCUCAAAAUUGGAGGGAGUUAUUGUCACAGAUUCACAAGCAAGAUAUUUGACUCGUUGUGAUUUUGAUUCUAGAGAAUGGAAAAUGAAUCGUUUCAUUAAUUCAAUGCCUUCAAGAGAUAGUAUUGUGUUACCUAAUGUCGGUAAACCUUUCUCAAAUUCAGUUGCUCAGGAACAUUAUACUCUUUUAGAAGAAAUACAAGAAAUAAACAGACAAUUAAUAGACACUGAGGUAGUUGUUGACAAAGAGAAAACCUUUCAAGGUGUAACUGAAGAAGAUAUUAAACAUGGUGAAGGAUUAACUGUUAAAUUAUCUUUCAAUUCAGUGAGUGUUAAUCUAGACCCUAUGUCAAACCAUGCUUCAACAAAGGUGAAAUAUUUUAUAUUUUAG